AGUCUGAAAGACUCUUGUAGUAUUUCAAAUUGUCAUUGUGACCCCUGUAAUCUCGUCUUUGUCACCCGAAUAAUUAAACUUAUUAGAACUCGGCAUUUUUUUUUUUUCCAAAUCAUCUGUGAUGAUAAUCUUCUCAGCAAUCAGAAUCUUGAAUUUUUCAACUAAAACCCAAUGUCUUUACACUUCUUCAACUGCUAAUUUCAGUGACUUGCUUCAGCUUUCCAUUGAAUCCCAAUCUCUAAAAGAUGCCCAAAAAGUACACGCCAAAAUCCUUCACCUUGGACUUGAUCAAAACUCUGUUAUAGCAACCAAACUCGUCUCUGCAUACUUUGCUUGCCAAAACCCACUUGACUCUCAGCUUGUUUUUGACACUGUUGAACACAAAAGUGAAUAUCUUUGGAACAUAUUGAUUAAUGGGUAUGCAAAAAAUAAGUUAUUUGGGAAAAGUAUUAAGCUUUUUAAUCAAAUGUGUAAAAGUGAGGUCACCCCAGAUGAGUUUACCUUUUCGGGUAUAGUGAAAGUUUUGGCUGAAUUAGAGGAUGUUGUUUCUGGGAAAGUUGUUCAUGGGAGGGGUGUGAGAAAUGGGGUUGUUUUAGAUACUAUUGUAGCCAAUUCUUUUAUGGCUAUGUAUAGCAAAUGUGGGGUUUUUCAAGAUUCUCUGAAGGUGUUUGAUGAAAUGCCGCAAAGGAAUAUUUCAUCUUUUAAUGUUGUAAUUUCAGGGUAUAUGGGUGUAAAAGAGAAAGUUUUGGAAGACAAAUUGUGGGAGUUUGUGAAGGAUAUGCAGUUUGAAGGUUGGAAGUUUGAUGCAUUUACAGUUUCGACGCUUCUUUCUUUGUGUGGAGAGGUGAAGGAGAACUGGCACUAUGGAAAAGAGCUGCAUUGCUAUGUUGUGAAGACUGGAUUGGAGUCAGAUUUAGUUGUUUCUUCUGAUGUUCACUUGGAAUGUUGCUUGAUUGAUAUGUAUUCAAAAAGUUUCAGGGUAGAAUUGGGUAGGCGGGUUUUUGAUAGGUUAGGGCAUAGAAAUGUUUUUGCUUGGACAGCAAUGAUCAAUGGUUAUGUGCUGAAUGGAGAUUUUGAUGAAGCUUUGCUACUCUUUAAAUCCAUGCAAGUGGAAGGUGUAGAACCCAAUAAGGUAUCGCUUAUUAGUAUCCUACCUGCUUGUUGCUCAUUUGAUCGUUUGAAAGGCGGAAAACAGAUUCAUGCAUUUUCAACUAGGAGAGGGUUGAAUCAUGAAGUGUCUCUAUGUAAUGCUUUUAUCGAUAUGUAUUCUAAGUCAGGAUCCUUGAGUUGUGCACGACGAGUCUUUGAACAUGAUUGUGUUACCAAGGAUGCCAUAUCAUGGAGUUCGAUGAUUUCUGCUCACUCUUGCCAUGGUAAUGGUCAAGGUGCUGUCAUUUUGUAUGAGAAAAUGCUUCAACAUGGGAUGAAACCAGAUAGGAUUACGGUUGUUGGGGUUCUCUCUGCUUGUGCUAGGUCAGGGUUGGUUGAUGAGGGCAUCCGGAUAUAUAAUUUAGCUGUAAAUGAUUAUGAUUUAGAACCAACUUUGGAGAUGUGUGCAUGUAUUGUGGAUAUGUUAGGUAAAACAGGCCAAUUUGAUAGAGCAUUGAACUUCAUCAAGACCAUGCCUAUGCAACCAGGUCCUAGUAUUUGGGGUGCACUUGUGAAUGCCUCUGCAAUCCAUGGAAAUAGUGAGGUACACGAUUUAGCAUAUAGGUUUCUUAUUCAGAUGGAACCCGAGAACCCCUCCAAUUAUGUGUCUCUUUCAAAUUUGUAUGCUUCUUCACAGAGAUGGGAUGUCGUUGCUCAAGUGAGAACAAUGAUGAAAGAUAAAGGGUUGAAGAAGUUCCCUGGUUGUAGUUGGAUUAGCGUUAAUACUGUAACUCAUAGCUUUUACGUUGCUGACAAGUCUCAUCCUUGUUCUGUUGUGAUUUAUGAAAUGCUGGAUCAACUCAUCUUAGCAAUGAAGCGAGAUGCUAAUAGUGUUGGCUUUGAAGAUACUGUGAAGGUUUAUGAAUGAUCAAGUUACAACAGUUAGAAAGCAAAUUUGAACAUGUGAUGCCUUUUACCUGUGAUAGUGAAACGGAUAAUAGAUGGAUCGGGACAUAAAGCUUUUUCAACUAUUUCACCAAGAAAGUUAAUCUGAUUAUCCAUGCAAAAUUGCUAACAUGAUCAAUCAAGAGCCUUUUUUGACGCAUCUCUCCCUCCAACUAGGCUUUGUAGUUAUGCCUACUAUCAUGAAGAGUUGAUGGAAGUAAAUUGAAGUAGUGCUGAACAACACCACCACCCUAAGAUCACCUUUUAUUCAGGACAUAGGGGCGAAGGCAUGAAGGUACAGCGAUGCAGCCUAGUCUGGUCUAAGGAGGAGCGGGAGAGUGAAAGCGGCAGCAAGGAGAAGCGGAUGUUGGUGAAAAAAAGUUGAGUUCAAGUUUGGAGCAUGGGUGUGAGCCAAUGAGGGUACCUCGGAAUGCCAUCCACCACAUAAGCCGCUGGUGACAGAGAGAAAGCGACCUACACGUUGUAUAGGUUGUGCGAAGCUUAAACAAGUGCAAGCUUGUCUUCUUGCAGGGAAUGAAAGAGAAAAUCGUCCACCUUGCCGCAGCUGAAGACCUAAGAGUCCAAAAAGAGCUCAGGUUUGCAGAAGUAUACAUGCAGUUGUGUCGAACUUCUAUCAUUUAUUAGUCUUUCAAACAGGAAAUGCUAUUGAAUUUCUUAAUUCAUACUUUUCCCCUUUACCAUUAACCUUAUAACAAUAUCUUGGAUUUAUGAAAGUUGGAACUUUUUGAAUCUAUUGAAACGUGGGGGAACAACACUCAUGAACUAAAUAUGAUGUAGAAGUAGCUUAUUGAGGGCCUACAUACAUUGAACUUUUUGUACUCAACAAGUCUUCGGAAUAAUCA